AUGAAUGCAACCCCUUACGCCCCGCAACGGCAUAUCAACGACCAUUAUGACAUCGUCGGCUUCAUUAGCAGCGGCACCUAUGGUCGUGUGUACAAGGCAAUCUCGAAACGAGGAACGCCAGCUUUUGCCAUCAAGAAGUUCAAGCCUGAUAAGGAGGGCGAGCUUCAGUACACUGGCAUCUCGCAAUCCGCAAUUCGAGAAAUGGCUCUGUGUACUGAAUUGAGCCAUCCAGCGCUGAUCCAUCUCGUCGAAAUCAUCUUGGAGUCGAAAUGCAUAUUUAUGGUCUUUGAAUACGCGGAACAUGAUCUUCUCCAGAUCAUACAUCACCACAGCCUGCUUCCAAGGACCCCAAUCCCGGCUUCAGCACUACGUUCUUGCAUGUAUCAAAUCUUCUCGGGCUUGUUAUAUCUGCAUCAAAACUGGCUCAUUCACCGAGACUUGAAACCGGCAAAUAUCAUGGUGACCUCCGGAGGAGCCAUCAAGAUAGGCGAUCUCGGUCUGGCACGCUUGUUCUAUAAGCCACUGCAUGCCUUGUUCUCGGGCGACAAGGUAGUUGUUACCAUAUGGUACCGAGCGCCUGAACUGCUUCUCGGCAGCCGGCAUUACACACCAGCCAUAGACCUCUGGGCUGUGGGGUGCAUCUUCGCUGAAUUGCUCAGCCUAAGACCAAUCUUCAAAGGCGAGGAGGCCAAACAGGAUUCAAAGAAAGCGGUUCCAUUUCAGCGCAAUCAGAUGGGCAAGAUUGGCGAGAUCCUGGGACUGCCGAAAAAGAACGAAUGGCCGCUUCUUACUGCUAUGCCUGAAUUCCCAAAUCUCGCGACAGUCAGCAUGCAUAACCCAGGAGUCAAUCGACCCAUGGGAUUGGAGAAAUGGUAUAGGAACACAAUACAAAACAACAAUUAUGGCGGACCUACAUCACCACCGCCAGACGAGAGUGCAUUAGACUUGCUACGGAAACUUCUCGAGUACGAUCCGCUGAAGCGUCUGACUGCUGAGCAAGCGCUGAAGCAUCCUUACUUCACUGGAACUGGAAAGCUACCAUCGUGGAAUUGCUUUGAGGGCCUGGAGACAAAGUAUCCGCCUAGGAAGGUCAGCACGGAAGCGCAUGAAAUUGGCACAGGAUCUCUGCCCGGGACAAAGAGAAGCGGUCUUCCUGAUGACACACUUCUCAGGCCGCAGAAAAAGAUUCGAGAUGGCUGAGUGGACAUCAUUACUUUACAAAUUCUCCAAGCACCAGAAAUGCUAUCUCCAAACAGGUCGAAAAGCUCAGAAACGCUUGGAUAGCAUAUCUUCUGAUCGACAGGCAUGCCCGAGAUGGAAAUAUUGGAAGCUGUCCUUGUGCGCCGAUGGAGCUGGACAAAUGCCACGGAAACCGUCCAGACAUGCCAAAAGGUAGCCAGAACUUGCGCCCAGCUCAAGAAUACUGAGUAUGGCGUUGCAUAGGAAGUCAUUACUUCACAUCUCCUUGUGGUCCGCGCGCGUGGAAGCCAAAAGCCAAAAGAGGCGUCAGUUGAGCGACAGGAUUUCAAAUCCGAACCUCUUCCGAGUUUGGCCUGGCACCUUUGCCUAUCCGGGAUGACGUGGAACAGCGAACUUUUCAAAGUGCCACCAGUCGCUGAUAAAUCGAAGCUAGCAGACAUUGAUCGAUAGUGAUGACACAUAUCUCAGUGAUCACGUC